AAAAAAAAAAAGAUGGAAGAUGCUCCGAAUGCUCAGUGUUUUAAAACCAAAAUUACUUGUUUUGAUGUUUUGUGAGGUUAGAAUUUGUUGUUUGUUUGCGGGUUAUUUUGUUUAUUAUUUUUCAUUGGAUAAUUUAUUAGUUUUGAGUUAGAUCCAGAAUGCAAGAAAUUGAGAAGAAUAUCCAGCGAUAUGGAAGACACUGGAUACAAAAAUGUGGCACAGAUCAGCUGGACGAGAUUGAAGCUAAUUUACUAGACAGCCCCUUGUAUUCACAAAUAUGGACGCACAUUCUCAAAACUUACAGUGAAACAUUGUCGCACAGAGAAAAAUGCUGCUCAACAAUUUUACAACUGCUAAACCAAAUGGAAAACCGCGAAGUAACUUCCAGCGUAUCAUCUAACAUCAUUCGAAGCUUGUGUUUACAUUUGGAGAAAUUUGAAACUGAGUUUUUAGUAGAGAUUUUCGAUUUUUGUCUCAAAGGUAUUCAGUCCAAUUCAGGGAGCUCAACUUAUUGUUGGCAAGGACUCUUUCCAGAAACAAUUAGGACUUUAACAACCAAAGACUUAUUCAGAUUCCGUGAAGAUGAAUAUACAGGAACAGAAUUCAAAGAUACCAUUAUAAAUCUUCUUUGUAUAUCUAAUUUGUGCCCUAGCAAAAUUACAGCAAUUACUUCAAUGUUUAAUGAAAUGUCUUUGACCAAAGACCAACACACAAAAAUAGUGAAGAAACUAUCUUGCUACAUAGAAAAAUUGUCACCUCAAGAAGUCCCACCUUUCAUUUUUCAACUUAUAAAGCUUUGUAAACAUCAAAAUAUUCCUAUGGUUUUCUUGAAGCUCCAACAAUAUUUCAAUUUAAAAAUCUACAACAAUGCCUCUUUUAUCUUUAACAAGCCUAGUAGUUCUAAUUUUGAUGCAAUUGAAGACAGAGAGGAUCACGAUAUUUUAGAGGCAGAAUCUAUGGUUUUGUUUCACAUACAAACUGCAACCUCGAAUGACUACAACUGCAUAAAAGAAUAUUUAAAUUACUUAAAGAAUAUGUCGAAAUCAGUUGAAUUUAUUUUGAAUCAUUUCCAACUGCUGAUUCUGUUUAGUAUAGCGACUAAAAAAAAAUACGAAGAACAAGUUUUCGAUAUUAUUAGGCCUUCAAUUGUAAAGUGUUAUAAUGAUUCACAAAAAAAACUGACCUCUUAUUGGUACAGCGAGUUGAUAGGGACAUUGCAAAAGCCUGAUGAAGUUUUCAACAAGAUUAUCGAGCUAGGGGAUAGAGAAUAUCUGCUCGAAGCUUUUGUAAAUUUCGGAUUUGCUUUGUUAAACAUAGGAGCGGGUUUAGGUAGAGAUGUUAUAGCCGAAAAACAAUGGACUUUAGGGACGAUGAUAAUAUUGAAAAUUAUAAAAAGGAAGCGGAUUGCUGUUGAGAUUGUUUUGAAGAAUUUUUGUAAGCAGAUUUUGAACAGGAAUAGUGCUACACAGCAUAUUGAGUGCCUGUAUUAUCUCUGUAAAACAUCACCCUUUUUAAUGCUAGAACAUCAAAAUUAUAUUAAGGAGCUCAUUGAGAACUCACUAGAAAACCCUGAACAAGUAUCCAAAGCCAAGGAAUUGUUGGAAGCCGUUAUGCCAAUGACAGUGGUUUCACAUAUAGUCAGGGAUCAGUUAAUUUUGAUUCUACAUCAAUGUUUUUUUUCCAGGUCCAUAGAAACUAGUCAAAUAGCAAUAUAUGGCUUCGUAAAGCUCCUAAGCACCCUGAAAUUUACCAACGCGAAUUUGACAUUGAAUCAAACCAUCAGCAACUCCGUGAAGUCUGGCUAUUCAAUGUACACUCAAAUAUCUUUGAGCAGAAGCACUCAAUCAUUGUCAACUAGCGUUUUAAGCAACGAAGCAAUUUGCUGGGAAAUAUUAGGAGUUUUAAAGCGUUGCUUUACACUUCAAGCCGAAGUCGAAUUGGAGCUGUAUGAAGAUUUAUUCAACGCCGUUCAAGUGAAUAUAGAAUUGGCUGCUUGCGUCUUGGAAUUCCUCUGGAACCAGUUUAUAGACUUUUAUGUCAACGAUGAUGAAUCAACUAUACCAAUUCAUAUAACUAAUAUUACUAAAUUAAAUGAUAUUGAAUGUGUAUUGAAAGUGCCUCUAGGCAAAUUGAUUUUUGUUGUAGCUCAAAUAGUUGUGAGGUUUAAUAACCAGGAAAAGUACACCAAAGUUUUGGACACUUUGUGCAAUCGAAUGGCAAAUUGUGAAUUGGUUCAUUUUGAAUUGGACGAUGGAACUGAUUUAAAUGAUAUUCUGCCAGAAAGUCAGCAAAAAAUGUUAAAUCUUAAGGAAAUUUUAAAUGUCUUUGAGGCUCUGAUUGGUUACAAAAUCAGCAAUUUGGCUGCAGACAAAGACAAUCAAUGCGGCAUGAUUAAUAGUUUGUAUCAAGGAUAUUCAAGGUUUCAUCAUUUUGGAAAGAAUCUGGCAAAACCAAAAAAAGGCAAAAAGAGUGACAAAUCUACAACGGACAGCAAAAAUCAAUCUAAAACAUCCUCCAAGCCAUUCAAAACGCCUGACACGAUUCUCGAUUUUGCCACAGUUGAUAAGGGCUUGGAAACUUUACUGGGAUCAAGUGUUCCUUGGGCUACCACCAACGACGCAAACUUGAUUAAAACGAAAACCGAGCUGCACCGUCACUUUUUGCAAGCCGCGACGCAUUUAUGCCACAAAGCCAAACAUUUUAAAUUGAUUGAUGGCCAAUACUACAAAGGAACUUAUAAUCAUAUUGAAUCUAUUGCGAAAACUUUAUACAACAGGAUAAUAAAAAGGUUGAGUGACUACAUAGAUUUUGACUGUAGCUCAGCGAUAAUUGGCUUGGAAUGCUUCCACUCAAUACUGCUUUUAAUGAACGGGCAAUUCAAACGACGUCUGGCUAAUUUUUUAAGUGCUAUAGGAGGCACAGAAGAAGAACUUCCAAUUGCCGACCACCUCAAACCGAUCCUAGAAGAAUUCGAAAACCUUUUCGAGGCCUCAGAAGAAGAUUUAUCCAACGAUCAGGAAAUUAAAAAGUUUCAUUUGGCUGUCUUGAACAAUAUAUCAGCUCUUUGUAGUUUAAUUCCUAGCGAAAACAAUGUCUUAUCCAUACAGGUUUAUGAUUGGUUAAAUCGAAUGACUAAUGACGAAACUAUACCCCCAAAAGUAGCUGGUAAUUUUAUGAAUUUGGUUUGCGACAUUCAUUUGCGUUACAAAUCAGGCCUGGCUUUAUUUGAAAAUAUUUCAACUAGUUUUUCUAAUGUUUAUCCUCCCUACACUGAAGAAGUACCCAAGACUCAAGAAAACAAUGAAACUUUAAAGAUUGUUAAUGUAGGCACUGCCAAUUCGAUUAUUUUGACUUUGUGCUCUUUUAACAAGACUAUAAUGGAUGAUGCUGAAAGUGUUAUCGCAAGAAUCAAGUCUGAUUAUAGUAUUUUUAUUUAUGCUGCAGGAGAUGAUUAUUUGAAAAAAAUUGAUGAUUUAAAAUCAAAAGAAAAAGGUGUAACCGGUCAGUUGUGCUUCGUGGCCAGAAUACUAAACAACUUGACCAGUUUAACUCUGCCAACUGGUGGCAACUUGUUAGACGCCGUCUUCAAAAAUGUGGUCCAAUUUUUCACCACAAUGUCCUCGCUUACCAAAUACUUCAUAACCAAAUCCAGUAAAACCAAUCAACCUUUCCAAGCGGUUUGGUUUGAAAAAUUAGUGAGAAUCACCGGCAAACAAUUGUCGCGCACUGUUAAUAGUUUCAUCUAUCAGCUGCAACAGGAUCCGGAGAAUGAGGAACAAUCGCAAAAGAAAAAAGUCGAAUCUACUACAACGAAGAGUAAGUUUUGGCGAGAAACUAAAAUUCCAAAAGUCGCUUUGGAAAUGGCAACGUUUGGUAAAUUCAUAUGGCAAUUGAGCACCAAGGCUAAUUACGAUCUGACCAAAUAUGUCGGGCAAGGAAUUACUAGGGAUUAUAGAAUCAAUCAGCAACAAGUUUUGGAGGAACAAGGCAAUCGUAAUGAAACUCAAGAGAGCAGUGAUCAUGAAACUAGCAGAGACGUAAUUGUGUCUGAAAAUGAGGAAGUUGUGGAGACUGACGAUGAAAAUGCCGAUCCAUCUUCGCCGCCUGCAGCUAAGAAAACUAAACGUUGAUUUUUUGUGGAUUUUGUGGUCCCAUACCAAAACAUUUAUCUACAAUAAGAUUACAGAAUCUAAUAACAUUCAUUAUAAAUGCAUUCGAUUAAAACAUAUAAAGUUUC